ACAGUCGAUCGGUCGAUCGGCUGGUGCGGCGCUAGCUGCUCGGCCGGCCGGCCGGCCGGCUACAUUUCCAAGUACACGGUACAGUGCGCCGGCGUACACCGCCGGCUGGUACCGGUAUAUACGGUACUGUUUGAGUUAGCUAUCGUCCAAGACCAAGGAGUUGUUUUUGACGACUGUCGAUUUCUUACGAGCCGCGCGGGGAACUAAGCUUUCAUUUCAUUCUCUGCUGUUGUAAGUAAAGUCACCCUAUUACAGGACCAGGUCUGAUCAAGGUUGGUGAAAGAUGGCUAGUGCCCACUAUGAGUGCAAGAUUGGACCUUCUAUAUUGAACUCUGACCUUUCAUCCUUGGCUGAUGAAUGUCACAGGAUGAUGGACAGUGGAGCUGACUAUCUACAUCUUGAUGUCAUGGAUGGCCAUUUUGUUCCAAAUUUAACAUUUGGCCAUCCUGUUGUCAAGUGUCUGAGAGAAAAGAUCACCAGUGCAUUUUUUGACAUGCAUAUGAUGGUUCUCAGUCCAGAAAAGUGGAUAGAGCCAAUGAGGAGCGCUGGAGCUGAUCAAUAUACCUUCCAUGUAGAAGCCACAGAUGAUCCUAAGAUGGUUAUUCAUCGUAUCAAGGAGGCUGGCAUGAAGGUUGGUAUAGCAGUGAAGCCAGCUACCCCUAUAGAUGUAGUUCUUCCCUAUGUUGAAGACGUUAAUAUGGUUCUUGUCAUGACGGUGGAACCUGGAUUCGGAGGACAGAAGUUCAUGGGUGAUAUGAUGCCCAAGGUGAAGAAAUUGAGAGAGAUGUACAAGAGUCUAGACAUUGAAGUGGAUGGAGGAGUAGGCCUUUCUACUAUUGACACCGUAGCAGAGGCGGGAGCUAACAUGAUCGUGUCAGGCAGCGCUAUUAUGAAGAGUGACAACCCAAAACAGGUGAUCCAAUCGCUGAGAGGCAGCGUACAAGAUGCCAUACAGAAAGCCAAUCUGGAGAGGUAGCGUCAAUGUUUGUACUGUUUUAUCUUUUAUUUUUCUAAUCAUAUUGCCACAUAUUCUCAAGUCGGGUUUAAUUUUAGCUCUGGUCUUAGGAUGUGGUGUAACUAUGGAUAGCUAAUUGCGAUACAUAUCUCUAACAUUACAGGUUGGAUUUAUCAGUUGUAUCAUUCAUGACUGUCUAGGAAUAAUCACCAAACUAGUUUUCUUCACCAUAAGCUUGAGGAAAAAUCUGCAGGUAAAUUUAGGAAACAUACAGUGAGAAUAGAAUUUUGAGAUAAAUGGCUUCCCAUAAUUUUAUCACCGAGUUAGACCUUGGUUUAAGUUAAACCGGACGACAGAUUAGUGAUUAUCAUUUUCUUUGUUACUGAUAAUGUUUAAAAUAUUUGAUAUGUAUAUUUUGCACCCUAAGCUGCUUAACAUGUAGACAAGGGAUGGUUUAUAAUGUGAGGAGCCGGGCCUUUUUCAUGCUUUACUUUGCAUAGCACUUACAUGUAAGAGGCUUUAAAUUGUUCUGGCCACUUUUAAAACCAAUAGAGUAAGAUUGACUGUCAUCAUUGGGCCAGCCGCAUUGUGGUAUAAGAAUUGUACUAUUUUUACUUCAAAUCAGUGUCUUAGGUCAAGACUUUCUUGAAUGUAAUAUGUCUUGUCAAUGCAUCAAAUGCAUGUUAAGUGAAAAUGGGACUGAAGUCACUCCAAAAGGUUAGCCUACAUGAAUGGCGCUUGUAGUAUGUGGCUGGUUAUAUAUUGGAUAUGUUUCAGAAUGCUAUUUGAGUAAUGAAUCAAAAUUGUACCAAUUAUACAAUGGAUAAUUGUAUGAGAACUAGAAAAUAUUUCAAACAAUAUUUAUUUAUAUCUUUUGUAUUCAUGUAUUUGAAGUUCAUUUAUUUUGCAAUUAAAAAAAUACCAGUAACAAAACAUUCCUUAUUACUUACAACUCCAGGUGGGUGUUUCAUGAAGCUGUUUGUAAGUUAAGAGCGACUUUAAGAACGACUGGUGAUCUUUCCUUGUGGUAAAUGGUAAAUUCAUCGGCGAUAUGGCUUACCACGUAAGAAAUGUUCACCAGUCGUUCUUAAAGUCGCUCCUAACUUACGAACAGCUUUAUGAAACGGCCCCCAGUUACUGUAUACAUGGUAAUUUUUUGCAGUGGUUCUAUUAUCACAAACUUCGGGAGUCUGUAAAAUGCUUAAGUUUCCACAUCAAUUUAUGCUUAUUCAUAGUAAUGGAAACAUUAAAAGUGCAUUGAAAUUAAAUCCAUACUCACUCCCCUGUUUUUCUCAAUUGUGAAAAUAUCUGUAGGUUGAAUAUGUGGUAUGUACUGUACAGUAUUCCAUACUGUUGCUUGAAUUACAAUAAGUCAACAUACUCUCGACAUUGUAAAAUUCAAUCCAACUGACUGACUUCAAAGCUAACUGCAAAACUAUGCAAUAGCUACCUUGCUUUUACAAACCGUGCUCAUUCUCCUGAAAAGGACAAGAACGUACUGUUGAAUCAUUGAGUUUGGAUGGUCCUUUUCAGAACCAAACACAUAUCCCCAAAGGAAUACUUGAUGUACCGUGAAGCUUCUUUACCAGCCAUGGAAAGCUUCAGAAGGUUGUUUAAACUGUGCAAUGCUAACAUGCACAGUUCCACUGGUGAAAUCAAGUACUGACUGACAAAAGCCAUUAUGUCAAAUUCAAUAUACCAUAUGAUAUAUCACAGUCGGUUUUAUAGUUUGUUCCAUUGGUGUGACAGUUACAAUAUAUUUGCAAUCAAUUAGAAACAAGUUAUAGAUGUUAGAAAAUAGAAAUUCCACUAUUAAAAGUAUGUUCCAUGGACAAUGAAAUUGGCUGUACACUACUAUAUUCUACAGUACUACUAACCAAUUAUUGUUGGUAUUCUUCUCUUACUGGAACCUGUAAAUAUCAUGUGAAUAAAUUCAUAUGUACAAUCUACUUCAUGUCUUCCAUUUAUCUUAUUAAAAACCACCAACAUUAAUUGAGACUUACUUAGGGAUAAGCCUAUCAUUCUUUAAUGGCAUAAUAUUAUCACUACAUAUUUGUUGGCUUGACUCAAGCUGAAAUAAUAGAUAGAAGGUAGAUAGAUAAAUGGUAUUCAUUAAAAUUAUCUACAUAUUGCAGUUAAUAAACUGAAUUGCAUGUGAAUUACAAAGUUAAAAAUACAAGUAUACAUUUCAUUGAUUACAUUGAUAAUAGAUGGCCUAUCGUCGUUUUGGUAUCAUCAGUAUCAAGAUGGUCAGAGAGCAAAUGAUAGGAAACGUUAAUGUUUACUAGCAUUUAAUGUAGCUUCAUGGCUUGACAGCGAUCAUAGUUUGUAGCCAGAUUGAAACCAAGAUGGUAUGCACUUCCGUAAUUUAAAUCAGAUGUUGACAUUCAAAAUCAAACUUGACCCUUGUGGUGAUCGUGAUUCAUGACUUAAAAUGAUUUUAGUAUUACGGUGCGAAGCCCAGCAUCAUGCUAAUUGUACUAAUGGAUUUUAUUUGAGAUAUACUAUAUAUGUUAAAGAUCUUUUCUGAUGCAAACUACUCAAUGAAAUAAGUUUGGAAGAAAGGUAUAAUUAAUAAAUAGUUUAACCAA